AUUUUUUUUUAGUUUUAAAUUUCUCAGUUUGGUUUCGUAAAAUAUUUUGUUCACUUGUGCUUCGAAUUAUUAAGCCGCUUUUAAUUUGUCAACUCUUUUCACGACUUUAAUUUCAAUGUUAGAGUAAGUUUUAGCAAUAAUUGUAGAUGGUCGUUUUGUGGCGUGACGGCCUAACUAGUGCCAGUGGUUAAGUUUUUGCCUUCCUUACUUGACCUGGGUGGUCUGUUGUUGUUGUUAAACAUUGACUGGCUUCGAUUCGAUUAUAUGACAAAAAGAUGCCCCACUAUCACAUACUUCUUGAGUGAUGCGUCCCUUAGCACGUUGUUGAACCUAGGAAAAGUGUAAUGUAAUAGAAUAGUAUAGUUAUACUUUAACUUUAUUAAAUUAAACCUUUGUAUUUGUCAGUGACUAUUACCGUCAUACUCUUGUCUGGUAACAAAAAAUAAAAGAAAAAAAGGUUGCAGGAAAUGGCAUUCAGUUACUACUGCCUUUCACUGGCUACGUGUGUCUCCUUCCUUGGUUUUUAUAAAUACAUCAGCCCACUUAUAUCUUCUUUGUACUUCCCACAGUAUCUUAACUUGCCCAAGCCAAAACAAGUUGAAUGGUGCAGCAGGAUCAAUUCUUCACUGCAUGCAUUCCUGGUUAGUAUGUUCUGCCUGUACUGUUUGAUAUACGAGGAUGAGAUAAGUAGGAAUCCAAUUUGGGGUGAGUCGCAUAUGGUCAGAGUGUCGUGUGCGAUUGUUGUUGGUUACAUGAUUUCAGAUGGCAUCGUCAUCCUCCUACACUACAAGGACAUAGGGGAGAUAUUCUUCUUGUUUCAUCAUGUCGCUUCCAUCUAUGCUUUCUGCUUUGCCAUGACAUUUGGAGCACUACUCUGGUUUGCAAAUGUCAGAUUAAUAGCUGAGUUUUCGACGCCAUUUGUCAACAAGAGAUGGUUCCUGGACACAUUGAGGUACAAGAAAUCAUCAGCGGCAUUUCUAAUGAAUGGGUUCUCUAUGACUGUCAUGUUCUUCUCUGUGAGAGUCAUCAGCAUUCCUUUCUACUGGGUCAAGGUGUACAGCACAUACGGUUCUGAGCAGAGCCACCAGUUGGGAAAUAUUUGGUACGUCCUGAUAUCAUCUUGCAUUAUCCUCGACACCAUCAACCUCUACUGGUUCCACAAAAUCUUGCAGGGAACGUUGAAGUUGUUCCGGGUCGGGGGGCCCAACAACGACCAGCACGCUCAGCACGGUGGCUCUCAUGGCAACGAGGGGGUGGUGACAAAAUGGCGGCAAAUGUGCGGCGUCGUGAAUGGUCACGUGCGGUCGUAUUCGUGGUCUCCUACGAGUUUCCAUAUGGACAAGUUGAUGAUGAUGAUGUCACCGUCCGAUGCCAGUUCAGGCGUGCAUAAUCGGGGCAGAGUAAUUAAUAAUAAUGCUAAUAACAACAACAAUGAAAGUAAUAGUAAUGAUAAUGAUCCUAGAUGUUUUUAUAAUUAUAAAGCUAGCGGGACGAAGAACACAAGACCUUCAAUCCCAGCCUGGCCUAUACAAAGGACUCUGUGAUGACGAUUAUGAUUAUGAUGAUGAUUAUUGUGAUAAUGAUUAUGACGGUAAUCAUGAUGAUGAUGAUGAAGUUUUUCUCUAGUCAAUGCAAGUCUGUCCGAUCGAUCAUAUCUAUAUGUUAUUUGGUGGUUGGAGCCCAAAUAUGUAAUUGUUUUUUCCCUAGGAUUUAGAAACAUGACAGUCCAUCUCAUUCUACUUUUUUAAAAAUUUGAAGUUUGAAGAUCUUUAGUGGUCUGUACGCUCUAAUUCGAAAGUUGUUGCAAUUCUGUUAAGUAUAAUAUAGGCAUGAUAGGAAAAAUUGUGUUGCUUUCUCAAUUUAUAGAACAGUUAAAACAGAAAGUCACUGUAAAAUUAAAAAGUUGGCCUAUAAAAGAAAAGUUAGUCGCCAUAAUUGAAUCAUCAUAAUUUGUGAAAUGUCGAUGAAGAUCAUUUAAUAUCUGAUGGCAUUUUUGAUCACCAUCAUGAUCACCGUCGUCAUAACAUAAACAUAACAUAAAGAUUUGUAUAUGGGUCAAAGAAGGUUGAGUCUGCGACUGGACCAUUACGUUGAUUAUGAUGACCUGAAGUUUAUUUCAAGUUAUCUUCUUGAAGCAACAUAAAAGGUGUACUACAUUACACGAGGCCCUACUCCAAAUCAAUAUAUUUCAAUUUCUGAACUCCUUCGUUCAUUAGUAAGCCAUACUAGCCUGAUAAAGAAAUUAUAAUCGGUAACAUGGAAUCAUGAUAAUGUUACAACAAUCAUAACGUUAUUGGUUUCUAGGUAUUUAAAUUCAUAUGUUAUGUUUAAAAUAAAAUGUUGAAACUUU